CUAGUUCGGUGCUCGCAGCGGCAUCUCAGCGGCAUGUUUGAGGCAUGUUGUUUUGACAGCGCGUUUUAUAAUUGUGCGUGUGUUUUUUAGUGCGUGAGCGUUUUAAUGCAGCUCUUCUGAUCAUUCCAUUCCACUUCCAUCGUCUGAACGCAUCAGCAGCUAUAAAGGAUGGCGUCCUGUCCUGUUGAAACCCCGCUUGCAAGCUAUGUUCUGCGGGUCAAGCGAAUGGAGCCCAACCUCCCUGAUCCUGCUGCUCUCGAGCGAGAGCUGCUGUCACUGCGCACAGCCUGGAGCAGGACCAGAUUCCAGCUUCCCCUGCAAUGCUCUGAGACCCCGACGAGGGCUUGUUGUCUCUUUGAGCACCUGGACGUGUUAAACGAGGUGCUCUGGUUCAUAGGAUUCGAAGUGACCGAGGUUGCACCAGGAAGAAUUGCUAUCGGUCACCUGGAGGAUGCCACAGUGACAGGCAAGAGCUGUGACAAGGAUCCCAUCGAAUACGGAGCCAUCAUGUUGCACUGUCUUCUGGCCAAGCACCGCUGUGUCAGGAGCAUAGAGCUUGUGCUUCCAACAGCGCGCCAGAGUACCUUCCUGCUCCUCUUCUGUGAAGCCUUGCGCUCAAAUGAGUCGCUCACGUGCCUGCGGCUGAGCCAAUGCGACCUGCGCACCAGGAUAACGGCCUGUGCCAUCUUUGUCAUCUGCCGUCUGCUAACGACACAGCUUCGUGAGCUGACGCUGGAUUCCCUGCAGCUUAUUGGCGACGUGUGGGCAUCACUGGAGAUCCUCGGGGACGGACUGACCACGACUCGGACACUGAAGAUGCUCAAGGUUGUCGAUGUCCAUGUCACUGGAACGGGAGCAGGUGCAGCAGGAGGCUCGGCCAGCAUCGCCGCAGUAAUUCUGGAUAGUCUGGCUGUCAACACCAGUGUGUGCAGCCUCGCCAUAGACAGCUGGUUCACCGUGCACGACAAUGAGGAAGCGUUCAAGCAGCUGCUGGCCGAUUCCACGUCCCUGCGUGAGCUCAGCGUGUCUUGUGCCAGGCGUAUCCACGACGCGAGCCCAAUCUUCAAGGCGAUGGCUGCCAACUCCAGCAUCACUGACCUUGUCAUCGAAGGCUUCCGCAUGAACCAGCCUGAUGGCCAGUCCUUUGUCAAGCUCCUUGCUAGGAACAAGACAGUGAAAGGGGUCUGCUUCACUGACUGCACAUGGGACGUCUGGGAACGUAAUGAGCAGGGAGAAAAGGUACGCCUGUCAUGGCACGUGGAUGCCCUGGUCGACGCUCUCAAACACACCAGGUCACUGCGUUGCUUGGACGUCGACUGCAACCUGACUCUGCGCGAGGUCCGCCUGCUGCUUGAAGCAGCUCGCGACUGCGCGUCACUCAAGGAGCUGCACAUUGCCUCGCUGCGCCUCACCAACCUGGAGCCGUACUGCCAGGCUCUUGAGGAGACGGGCAUGGCCCACAAGGUGAAGCUAGGCAGCUGCACUUCGUCGGCCCAGUACCUGGCGCCAAUGGUGAUUGGCGCGGGAAAGGCGCCUCCAGCCGUCAGACAGCUUCGGCUCAACUGUGUGGACAACAAAUCCCUUCACGACGCGUGCUGGGCCCUGGCCAGCGAUUCGAGCCAGCACGUCACCUCGCUGCACCUGCACAGCACGCUGUGUGUGGAACCCGAGGCAGCGCAAGAGCUGGGCUCCUACUUGGCCUCGACGCAGUGCCUGCGAGAGCUGGACCUGAAGCUCCCCAAGUUGUCUCACUGUUCACACAUGGUUGCUGCCGGCCUUGCCCAGAACACCAGCAUCCGAAAACUGAAGAUCAAAGGCAUCUUCACAAGUGGAGAUGUGGAGAUACUGUGUGAUUGGCUUUCUGAAAGCCAAAAUGUGCACAGCCUGGAGUUCUGGUCCACCAGUGCGAUUGCUGGACUGCUGGUGGAGACACUGGCUGAGUCGCUGGAGGAGAGCUACACGCUGACAUGGUUCAAAGUCGUCGAAUGUGGGAAAAACAAGUCAUCGUGGCAACGAGUUAGGAGUCUGGUACAGCGCAACGCGGGUCUGGUGCAGUGUGCGGCCGGAUUUGUCCUCGGCUCAGAGCUGACUCGUGCCGCGCUGGGCUAUGAACGGGUUGCACCAUGGCACCCCCAACUUCUGGGAGCAGUCCAGCGCAUGGGGUCUCUGACUCAAACCGAGGCAGAGAAGCGUAUCAAGAGCGCUGCCAGGCGCAUUCACGCCAAGGUACGGGCAUUUCCGCAAAUGUUUUAAUGCAAUUAACAGGGGUAGUGAAGCUGCACCAGUUGCGCCAAAGUGCUGCAUUUGCAACUUGUUGAACCAAAACCGAAAAGAAGCUUCGAAGUGCACCAGAGUUGCCGCAAAAAAGUGAGCGCAACCACCGAGGGUUUGUGCUCAGGCCGGUUUUCGAUGGAAGUGGCCGUGAAGCAAAUAGCCAUAGAAGCUGCUGGUGCAACUAUGGAAGCACUCGAAAACGUUUUCUGUCUGGCUCUCACGGUAUCGUGAAACAACCAUAUUGUUACGGGGAGGCAAACACAACAGGAAAACGUAUUUACAGUAUAUUUACAAGGCGAUCAAGCGUCAACCAUAUAGCCGAGAGCGCGCGCCAGAUCAUCAGCGUCUUCUUCAUCGAUGCUCCUCUAGAUGAAUCAUACCGUGACAUGACCCCCGGCUGCUCAAGCACCGUCACGGUGCUGGCUAUGAUCCAGGCGAGUGGUAA